AUGGAAGGACUAAUUCCGUUGCUCCUCCAGGCCGUGAAAAAACAAACACCGAAAAAUGCCUACCGCUGCCUCUCGGAAAACUCCCUCAGCGGGCGGAGCUACCACCUGCUUCUCGCCGGAGACUCCCCCGAGGGUUCCUCCCACCGCCGGAGCUGCUCCGACUACGUGCCGCCACCGCUGCCGCAGGCCGUGGAACCGUCGGAGAAUGUGGCCAGGGUUAAGAACUUUUCAGGAGCGAAUAAUGGCCUGAGGCAGAGGGUUUCAACUGUUCAACAUUAG